AUGAAUUGUUUUCGGGAAGUAAAAGAUAGAUUUUAUAUUGUUGAAUUGAUGAAAGAAGUCAUCAAUGAAAUUAGUCAUCAAAAUGUUGUACAAAUCAUUACUUACAAUGCAGCAAAUUGUAAGGCGGCUAGAGAGAUUAUAGAGAGUCAGUUUUCUCACAUCUAUUGGACACCAUGUGUUGUUUAUACGCUUAAUCUUGCUUUGAAGAACAUUUGUUCACCAAGGAAUGUGGAAACAAAUGAACUAACAUACGAACAAUACAGCUGGAUAAAAGAAGUUCAAAAAGAUACGCUUGCAAUAAAAAAUUUCAUCAUGAACCAUAACAUGAGACUCUCGAUUUUCACCAAGUUUACUCCUCUUAGACUGCUUUCGGUUGCCGACACUCGCCUUGCCUUCAUCAUUGUGAUGCUCAAGAGAUUGAAACUUAUCAAAAGGGGUCUUCAAACUAUGGUCGUAACCGAAGAAUGA